AUGGCGGCAGCGGCGGUCGGGCGAGGGGGCGGAGUCGGGCGACGUCACUGUCUCUUCCCCCCACCACCACCCCCGCCCUCGCAGGGCCGCUCGACCGCGGGAGAAACGGCGCGAGACGCGCCGGGGCUGGGGGGGGGGGGGAGUCGGAGGCGGGGCGAGUGGGCGGUGACGUGCCGGCUCCCAGGCUCGCCGGCUCCGCCCCCGGGAGCCGGCGCCACCGCCGGCGCUCCAACUAAAGGAGCCGGGCCGGGCGCCCGGGACCGCUUCCCGUCUCCCGCUCUGCCGGCCGCAGGGCGGGCAGCCAGGCCGGCGGUCUCCGAGCCGGGCGGGAGGGCGCGGGAGAGCUCCGCGUCGCCCCGCGUCACCUCGCGUCACCCCGCCCCGCCUGCUUCCCAGAGACCCGCGCCCCGCCCCUACGCGCAGGCGCAGAGCCGCUUUUCGGUUUAUCUGAAUUCUGAACUGACAGUGGAGGCUGCCCCAAAUCCUACCCGGGGGCUCCAUGUGAAGCCCGAGUCCAGACAGGCCCUCUUCCACGGGGCUGUGGCCAGCUGCUUCUGCGCGGCCACCGUCUACCGGGGGGUGUUCGGUGGCAUCUUCGUCCAAGUGGGCUCUGAACGCUGUGCCGAGGCCCGCGUAGCCAGCGUCCCCGUCUUCCUGGCCACGCCCUUCAACUCAUAGUUGGCCUACGUCCUCCUAGGGGUGUACUGGCUACAGAGAAAUGCCAGGGCCCCAGGGCGCCCCACGGAGACGCAGGGAGCUCAUUACCUGAAGGAUGUCUUCGCUGGCAUGGCCCUGGCCUAUGGCCUGGUUUGGUGGCUGCGGAUCGCGACGCAGUUGCGCCCCGCUGCCCUGCUUGACCAGUGGCUCACCUUGUCCAUCUUUGCGUGGCUGGUGGCCUGGUGCCUCUCCCUAGACAGGGGUUGGGAGUUGUUCCUUGCCAUCAAGUGUCUCUCCUUGGGCAGUUACGGCCUCACCCUGCUGCACCCCUGUGGGUUUGAGAUCGCGCUGGGCACCCACAUCGCAGCUGCCAUGGGCCAGGCCCUGCGUGCCCACAGGCGCUACGGCACUGCCUCCUCGGGAAUCUCCUUGGCUCUGGGCACGCUCUCCUGCUUGGGCUUUGUGGUCCUCAAGCUGUGUGACCAUCAGCUCGCGCGGUGGCAUCUCUUCCAGUGGCUCAUGGGCCACUUCUGGUCCAAAGCCUGUGAUGUGCUCCAGUUCCACUUUGCAUUCUUGUUUCCGACAAAUUUGAACACUUGCCAAAGCCCUCCUCCUGAGGGGAAAGUACAUUAA